AUGGCACACAGAUUACUCGUUAACGUGGUGUUGACAGGAGCCACAGUCUUUGGUCGUGCAUUCACCGAGGCAUACAAGCAAGCAGCCAAAGCCAGUGCCACGGCGCAAGCCACUGGGGCCACGAAGGCAAAAUCUGCUGGUGGUAUUCCCUUGGACGAGGCCAUGAAGAUCUUGGAUAUCGACCGCAAGAAUUUGAGCAUGGAAGAGAUUGACAAGAAGUAUGACUAUUUGUUUGACGUCAACUCAAAGGACAAGGGUAAUUCGUUCUACUUGCAGUCGAAGGUGUAUUAUGCAAUGGACGCUUUGAAAAAGGAGCUAGAAUAUCUACAGAAAGUGAAA